UUCUGUUGUGUUGUCGAGGUGCUGACUGAAUACAAACUGUUAGAAAUGUGCUUUUAGUGUUAGAAAGACAAACAUUUUUUUCCCAUCCGCAUAUACGCGACUAAGUUUAGAAGCGGGCAGGAAUAUCUGGAGGACUCGGAGUAUCAACUGAACUGAGAUCUGCUGCUGUGAAGAUGGUGUUUGUUAAAGAGGAGAGUGAGGAGGACAUGAGUGAACCAGAACCCUGGAGAAUAAAACACGAGGAACAAGGAGGCCUGAUGAAAGUGAAAGAGGAAAGACCAGAUCUGAAUGAAGUGGAGGAGAAACAUCACCAGAAAGCUCAUGAUGUCACCGCUGGAGAGAAGCCAUUGAGUUGCUCCAAAACUGAAAACAGUUGCUCACAAAGCAGCAUCCGAAUAACAAAAGUCAAAAAGCCUUUCACCUGUUCUCAGUGUGGAAAGACUUUCACACGUAAAGGCAGUCUGAAGAAGCACAUGCUAAUUCAUGAUGGAAUAAAGCCUUUCAGCUGCUCUCAGUGUGGAAAGAGUUUUACACAGAAAACACACCUAAAUUAUCAUCUUUUAAUUCACAAUUUGGAAAAGCCUUUCACCUGUUCUCACUGUGGAAAGACUUUCACACGUAAAGAAUACCUUAAAACUCACAUGUUAAUUCAUGAUGGAAUAAAGCCUUUCACCUGCUCUCAGUGUGGGAAGAGUUUUACACAGAAAGGAAACCUUAACUAUCACAUGUUUAUUCAUACUGGAGAAAAGCCUUUCAGCUGCUCUCGCUGUGGACAAAGAUUUACACAUAAAGGACACUUUAAUGAACAUGUGUUAAUUCACAAUUCAGUAAAGCCUUUCGUCUGCUCUCAGUGUGGAAACUCUUACAGUCAUAAAUCAAGUCUUAAGAAUCACAUGUUAAUUCAUACUCGAAAAAGCCCUUUACCUGCUCUCAGCGUGGAAAGACAUGAGAAAUCACACUGAAGCAAUGCCUUACACAUGUGUUAGGAUAAAUAUUUUUGCAUCUCCUUUUCUGUCCAUCUAAUCAUUUCUUCUACAGUGUUUAGUCACACACUCGUAAGACAUGUGAUAGUUAUUAUAUAUAAGGCGUAAGGUUGCAUUUGGUAUAUGAAUGGAAUUGUUUGUCUCUCUAUGAACUCUUUCAGUGAAGUUGGCAGUCUCGUUUCUUUUCUAUAUGGACUUAUUAUUUUAUUUUUGUUUUUAGUCAACACCUGAGACUUGCUGAAUAAACUAUGGCACGAGCACAAUAAAGCUGACUUUGAGUCUGCA